AUGCACUGCCUUGCCAGCCUAGCUCUGGCCCUGCUGGCCCUGGAAGCCGCCCUGGCCCUGGCCCCGGCCCCAGCCCUCACCUUGCCAGGGCAGGCCGUGUGCCCAGAGCUCAGCUCCUCAGAGGAGGAUGUCUGCGUGGUCUCCUGCAACUCAGACGAGAACUGCCCCCAAGGCACCAAAUGCUGCCCCAGGAGCUCCUGCGUGGUCCCCCUCAUCGCGCCUGUGCGGAGGGCCGGCCGCUGCCCCCUGGUGCAGGCCCCGCGGAUCCCCCAGCCCUGCUUGGAGAGCAGCGAGUGUUCCAGGAACGACCAGUGUGCGGACCACAGGAAGUGCUGCCUCAGCAUCUGCACCUUGCGAUGUCUGGAGCCUGAGGCAGGUGAGCGCCCCACAGCCUCCCCGGACAGCGCCCCAGCCACGGCCACGGCCACGGAUGCAGCAGAAGGUCUGGGCUGA